GAUGACAGCCCAGAGUGUCUCCCACAAUCCUCCCCUGCACUUGUGAUUGGGCUGUGGGAGUGUGGGCUGGUGUGUUCCUUCCUCACGAAGCUGCUCCUGCUGGGAUAUACGUACAGCACCAGACACCGCUCUCAGCAGCCUCAUCCACUGCCAUAGUGACUAUGUUGUUACUGAUAGAAACGUCCUAUAUCUAAGGCAUUGCUUCCUUGCUUCCAGAAAGAAAAAAAACAACAACAAGUGAGGCUAGAGUCCAGACAUUUAAUCCCUCUGGAGGAAGGCAGGGGACUAUGAGCAGGAUGACUGGGAACAGACCCAAUACUCAGCCAGGGGCAGAUGGUCGUGGCUGCACCACUUUCCAAGUUAAAUGUCACAUUGAAUCAAGUCCUUUCGGAAAGACCCAGCACACUAGCCCAAUAUUAUGUAUUCAGCAAACUGGAAAGAAGCUGCGGGCAAAAGCUACGCCAGUCAGGAAAUCAAAUCUAGAAAAACCCCAAGUACCUCCUAAGCCAGCCCAUCUAAUAUCAGGAGCACAGAAUACGCCUGGCCUAAGAAUCCCUCCCGCACCCUCCAGACCUUUACCAUCCGUACCCAAAAUUGGCAGACGAUCUGGAACAAGAGAAAGGAAUCAGACAAACCUCUCAGACAUCAGUAUUCUCAUUGAAAAGUUUGAAAAUAUCAGGCAACCCAUAACCGUCGUGAAGCAGAACCGCCAUAAUUCUAAACUCAGAAUGGAGCCCGAAUCAGGACCUUCCAAAUGCCCUCGUUCAUCAAGGAAAGAGUCAGCGGUUGAGAGCGGAUUAUCUGCAGAUGAACAAACGGGAUGUGAGGAUAAUGAAUCUGAGAUUUCUCACAGCACGGAACUGUCAAGUUCUGAUAAUAUUAAAUUUAAGGAGUUGAGUAUCACUGACAUCAACAACUGCGGAGAAAGCCUGUCUGUACACAGGAUGGGGGAACCCAGCAGAGAUAAUGGCAAUGAGGAUCUAACAGUAGAUCAAAAUGAUAAUGGUAAAAUACCUAAUCGGGACAGUGGUAUUGACAGCCCCUCAUGUAGUGUUGUAGUGGAGGUGUUUUCUAAUGAUGAGACCACGGAGCAGAGAAAACUCAUAUUACCCGUCACCAUGCUUGAGAUGAAUACUUCCGUUGACCAAAAGAGGGACUCGACUCAGGAUGAAGAUAGUGACAUGGAUGAAGGAAGCAGUGAGGAGCAUGAGAGCACAGAACUGACAAAAACAGAUAACAGUGAGGCCACCAAGUGCACAGAACCACAAAAGCUGUUUAACAUUGCGAAUGAGCUGCUCCACACUGAGGAAGCCUAUGUCAAGAGGUUACAUCUGCUCGAUCAGGUAUUCUGCAUGGAAUUAGCAGCGGCUGGAAUUCCAUCAGAAGUGACCACUGGGAUAUUUUCUAAUAUUUCAUCAAUCUACUGCUUUCACGGCCAGUUCCUUCUGCCAGAGCUUAAGGCGCGGAUAACCCAGGAGUGGAAUACUAACCCACGGAUUGGAGAUAUUCUGCAAAAGCUUGCUCCAUUCCUGAAGAUGUACGGGGAAUAUGUAGGGAACUUUGACAAAGCUAUGGACAUGGUGAAUACCUGGACACAGAGGUCUCCUGUCUUCAAAGAGGUCAUCCACACUAUUCAGAAAGAGGAGGUCUGUGGGAAUCUGACAUUGCAGCAUCACAUGCUGGAGCCCGUCCAACGAAUUCCUCGCUAUGAACUUCUCCUGAAAGAUUAUUUAAAGAAACUGCCCGAGGAUUCUCCGGAUAGAAAGGAUUCCGAGAAAUCCCUGGAGCUUAUUUCCACUGCGGCGAAUCACUCCAAUGCAGCCAUUCGGAAGAUGGAAAAGAUGCACAAACUGCUGGAGGUGUAUGAGCGGCUGGGAGGCGAGGAGGAUAUUGUGAACCCUGCAAAUGAACUCAUCAAGGAAGGACAUAUUCAGAAACUGUCAGCAAAGAAUGGGACAACGCAAGACCGCUAUCUAUACCUGUUUAACAGUAUGAUGCUGUAUUGUGUUCCCAAAUUGAGACUGAUGGGACAGAAGUUCAGCGUCCGGGAGAAGAUCGAUAUUGCCGGUAUUCAGGUCCAGGAAAUUGUGAAACAAAACGCAUCACGCACCUUCCUGAUAACAGGGAAGAAACGGUCGCUGGAACUGCAGGCCAGGACAGAGGAGGAGAAAAAAGACUGGAUCCAGGUUAUUCAAGCAACGAUUGAAAAACACAAACAAAACAGUGAAACGUUCCGAGCGUUUAAUAAUUCCUUCUCCCGGGAAGAAGAUCAUUGCCCGGACUCACCGAUAUCAACUCCCGGAUCAUACGAAUCAGCACCAGGGUCAGACGGAUGCAACUCACCAGGAGGACCGGAAUCAUUCCGAAAAUCUAUCAAGCUAAAACGUGACAAAGAAAAGCAGAAUUGCAAAGGAUGUGGUGAAAGCUUCAACUCUAUUACAAAGAGGCGACACCACUGCAAGCAAUGUGGGGCGGUUAUUUGUGCAAAGUGUUCUGAAUUCAAGCUUCUUGCAGAAAAUGCGCGUAGUAAUCGGGUUUGUAAAGACUGUUUUGUGUUGAGCUCUGCGCCGUGCAGUCCUGGGGGAGCUGACGUCUCUGAAAUGAAGAAGAAAAAUAAUCUAGAGAAGCAGAUUUCCUUAUCACUAGAAAGUAGUUUGAUGAGCAGCAGCCUCCUGAUCCUGGAGAAGGGGAAGGCCUGGCAAAAAAUGUGGUCCUAUGUCCCGAAGAGUGAACCUCUUGUUAUGUAUCUUCAGGGUUGCAGUCAGGACGGUCGAACUUCACGCGCCAUUCCGCUGCCUGGCUACGAAGUCAGUUUACCAAGCACCAGUGAUAAAGUGGACUUAAAACAUGUGUUUAAAUUAAGCCAGUCCCAGCAAACGUUGUUUUUUGGAGCGGAGGAUGAAGAUCUGCUGAUGAAAUGGAUGGGGGUUCUAAGUCGAGCAUCAAAAGGAGACACAUUAGACCCUACAGAAUAUGUUGAGAACAUGUAAAUUCCCGUAUUAACAGUCCUUUGUUUAUCACGAAAAAAUCUCUGAAUCAUGAUGCAGUAACGUUCUUGACAUUGUCGUGUUUACGUAUUAACAUCUGUGGUGUCCCCCAUUGUAUGUGAUUUUUCAUAUUUGUACCUGUGUCAAUGAAUACCGCGUGUAUUUUUUAUGCCCAAUGGACGGAACAUUCGACGGAUGUCAUGAGGUUGCAGUUACAGCACAUGAAUUACAGCACAUGAAUUACAGCACACAAUUUUCAGUCUACUGUUUUGUAUAUGUGUAUUUAAGAAAAAUAGACCACCCCAAAUACUAUUUAGUACAGAUCGUAUAUGUGAAUAGUUAAUUGUUACCUUUUAAACAUCCACAACUGAAAUAUAGGAUGACGGGUUACCAGCAGCCAAGCACAGUAGCCACAGCCUCAUCAGAGCACAUUUGGAAGUGGACAAAAGUUGUGGCUGGCCACUGACCAUUCCUACACCGUUCACCUCCUUGAAACCUCAAGUACUUGCCUUGUUGUAGCUGUCUAAUAUCGAGUAUUGCUCUUAAGUUAUGAUUGUAUCAGCUCAUUUGACAUGCCACCUAUUGAUGAUAGGGGGUGGGGGGAAUCUCUGUAAAGUGUUGUCAUUAUGUUAAACCUAUAACAUACAGUGGAAGGAUUACCCAUGCAGCCUGCAUAGGAAGUACUCCGCAGCCUGCAGAGGAAGUACUCCGCAGCCUGCAGAGGAAGUACUCCGCAGCCUGCAGAGGAAGUACUCCGCAGCCUGCAGAGGCAGUACUCCGCAGCCUGCAUAGGAAGUACUCCGCAGCCUGCAUAGGAAGUACUCCGCAGCCUGCAGAGGAAGUACUCCGCAGCCUGCAGAGGAAGUACUCCGCAGCCUGCAGAGGAAGUACUCCGCAGCCUCCAUAGGAAGUACUCCGCAGCCUGCAUAGGAAGUACUCCGCAGCCUGCAUAGGAAGUACUCCGCAGCCUGCAGAGGAAGUAUUCCCAGACCAAGCACCUUCUGCAUGACUGAAUAGCUGUAAACCCUUUUUAUAAAGUCUGUAUGAAACAUUUAUAGCACUGCUGGGAACAUGGGGUUUGAUUGUUUGUUUGUUUGUUUGUUUUGUUAUUUCCGGUUAACUUUGUUUUUAUUUAUGAUUUGUAAAUAUUGUUAUAUACAUAUUUUCAGACAUUUUAAAAAGAAAAAUAAGCUAAUAAAAAGUUUAGCACAGAGCGUCUCAGGAUAUAUUUAAUGGUCUUAUAAUUUAUGUUAUGUGUUUUGUUUAAUGCCCAAAUCAGUUAAUACGACAAUUUUGAGUCCCUGUGUCUCAUCAACAUAGUGAACAGCAUGGUGUUUCCUAGUAACAAGCACGUCCACUGUUGGUUUGAGAAAAAUACAUUUUGUCAGAUUGCUGGGUUUGUGUAAUGUUUCAGCAUCCUACUGACACACUGUAACACAUGAUGGCUAGAUUUUUCUAUUUUUUGGAAGGGUUUUUAUUUCUAUACUUUUUGCAUGCAAAGUUGCUGUUCUUUAUAUAGCGCACACAUAUUCUGCAGCACUUUACAGAAAAUAUUUGACCACUCACAUCAGUCCCUGCCCCAGUGGAGCUUACAAUCUAUAUUCCCUACCACAUGUACACACACACAUUCACACUAGGGUUAAUUUUUGUUGGGAGCCAAUAAACCUACCAGUAUAUUUUUGGAAUGUGGGAGAAACUGGAGUACUUGGAGGAAACCCACACAAGCACAGGGAGAAUAUAGAAACUCUGCACAGUUAGGGCCAUUGUGGGAAUCGAACCCAUGAUCUCAGUGCUGGGAGGCAGUAAUGCUAACCAUAAUUUUGUCAAAUAUUUGUCAAUAUUUGUAAUUUUUAUAAACAUACAUUGGACGAUUUUGUUCGAAUAAAAAGAUAAUUAAAUCUA